GCCACCAAAGCACGCCCUCGGUCGACUCCAUCGUCCACGUCCUCUCCUCUCUCUUCGCCUCCAUCGUACCGUCUGUCUCCACCUGCCCUAGGCGUUACUGCCCCCCUCACCCUCAGGCCUCUGCUAUUUGCAAAAGUCACUAGUCACUCCUUGACGAAAUCAUGAGCCAGAGCAGCAGCAACAGCAACUCCCAGCCCAACACCGGCUCCCAGUCGGGCUCGGGGUCCGCCAGCGGCACCGGCAGCAGCUCGGGCAACGCCCUGCCCAGCAUCCCCGCCAACGCCCCACAAGGCCAGAUCGUCAUCACCCAGCCGCCCCAGCAGUCCACGUCGUACUACAAGGUCGCGCCCUCGCAGACGAUCACCUUCGGCUGGAACUUCACCGACCUGUACGUGACGCCCACGUCGCUCACGAUCUCGGCCGUGUGCAGCGACGGGAACACGUACCCGGUCGGCCCCACGAACGGCAUCAUCCCGGGCGACGCGACGAGCGUGGAGUGGUACCCGUACGGGUACCAGCAGUCGAAUAUGGCGGCGCCGUUCGCACAGGCGACGUACACGCUGCACAUAUGGGGCGACCAGGGCCCGAGCGCCGUUGCGGCGCCCGGGUAUCUUACGCCGAACAGUGACGUGCAGUUUGCGCUGUACACGCCUGAGCCGUAUACACCUUUGACCAGCGGGUGGCAGUGUCCGGGCUGUUCGGGGUCGAUGGCGACGUACGUUGCGGAUCCCGCAUUCGUCGGUGUCGCCGCGACGCUGCUGAUCACGGUGCUCUCCGGGUUUGGGAUGCUCAAUCGUAUCCCUCUGUAAUCAAAGUACACUCGGGUUGUCCCCAAGGUGCUGGCCACCUGAGCCGAGAUGAUCGGAUAGCGUGAUCUCACUACGGCUCAGGGGCCUAAUGUAACACCUUUGACUAUACCUGUAGCACAACGGACUGCUACGAUCGACACUUGCAGAUCUGGGGACUGGCGACAUUUUUUCCAUGGACGCAUGGUUGGUAGAUGGAUAGGUUUCAUGUACACGCUCACGACGGAUUGACAUUGGACAAUAUUCAGUUACGAUAGUGAUACUGUUUAGUGCUUUUAUUUACUGCUGUAGACAUUCAUUAUCCCUACCCCUUCUCGAUGGGCCACCCGUUAUUAAU